AUGCUAGAGACUAUGCCACUUGGGCGCUUUCAGUACCAGAGGCUGGAAUUGAAGCGGUGGGCACCAGCAUUUUUGACUUCGCACAAAACCCUCUUCACAGUGUUAUGGAUCGCGGCGUUUGCCUCCGUGUUCAUGUGGCAGAGGAAUGUGGUGGGCGGUGGGUUCGCGGUGUUUUGGCGGGUACCUAUGAGGCCGAUGCCGAAGCUGAGACCUGUGGCAUUUAAUUUGACGGAUUUUGGUGGAGUCGGUGAUGGGGUUACGUUGAAUACGGAGGCAUUUGAGAGGGCCAUUUUGGCGAUUUCAAAGCUGGGGAAGAAAGGUGGAGGGCAGCUUAAUGUGCCUCCAGGGAGAUGGCUCACGGCGCCGUUUAAUCUCACUAGUCAUAUGACUCUGUUUCUUGCAGAGGAUGCUGUUAUACUUGGAAUUGAGGAUCAGAAGUACUGGCCAUUGAUGCCUCCAUUGCCUUCAUAUGGAUAUGGGAGAGAGCAUCCUGGACCUCGGUAUGGUAGUUUGAUUCAUGGUCAAAACCUCAAAGAUGUUGUCAUAACAGGGCACAAUGGUACCAUAAAUGGACAGGGUCAAACAUGGUGGAAAAAAUAUAAGCAAAAGCUUCUCAACCACACAAGGGGUCCUCUUGUGCAGAUAAUGUGGUCAAGUGACAUUCUCAUUACUAACAUAACUUUGCAGGAUUCACCAUUUUGGACACUCCAUCCAUAUGACUGCAAGAAUGUAACAAUCAGAAAUCUUACCAUUUUGGCUCCUGUGCAUGAUGCUCCAAAUACUGAUGGAAUUGAUCCUGAUUCAUGUGAGGAUAUGAUAAUUGAAGACUGUUACAUAAGUGUGGGGGAUGAUGGGAUUGCAAUCAAAAGUGGCUGGGAUCAAUAUGGAAUUGCAUAUGGACGACCUUCAAUGAAUAUUCUCAUCCGUAACCUGGCAGUUCGCUCUAUGGUCAGUGCUGGUGUGUCAAUUGGCAGUGAGAUGUCAGGUGGCGUAUCAAAUGUCACUGUGGAAAACCUCCUUGUAUGGAGCUCGAGGCGUGCAGUUCGGAUCAAGACUGCCCCUGGAAGAGGUGGAUAUGUUCGACAUAUAACCUACCGAAACCUAACAUUUGAUAAUGUUCGAGUUGGAAUUGUUGUCAAGACAGAUUACAAUGAACACCCUGAUGAAGGUUUUGAUCCAAAGGCUGUUCCAAGACUUGAGGACAUAAGUUUCAUAGGGGUACACGGUCAAGGAGUUCGUGUGCCUGUACGGAUACAUGGGAGCGAAGAAAUACCGGUGAGAAAUGUAACCUUUCGGGAUAUGUCAGUGGGACUAACUUACAAGAAGAAGCACAUAUUCCAGUGUGCUUUUGUUCAAGGUCGUGUAAUCGGUACCAUCUUCCCUGCCCCAUGUGAGAACCUUGAUCGAUAUGAUGAGCAAGGGCAACUUAUCAAGCACUCUCCUUCCCAGAACUUGACAGACAUAGAUUAUGAUUUUUGACAAAAUGUUGGAUCCCAAUCUCCACGAUAUAGCUUGACUGAAAUCAAUAUCUUUAAUGCCCGUCUGUCUGUAUGAGAUAAGCUGGAUAAAUCACCUUGGAGCAGUUAAUCUUGUUCUUAUGUUUUCUGCCAAGUGCAUUUUUGCUCCAUCGUUACAGAAUUUUUUUCUUUUUAAAUUCUUGAAUAGAGUUGUAUAUACAGAAAAUUCUCAGUUAAAUACAUAUGUGAGGAUAUUUAAAACCUCCGGACCCCAAAUCCUCUUUCACUCCAAAAUGCUGUUGGAGGUUUGUACUUGCAUGGUCAUAUUCUCCAUCUGGAGGGAUAAUGAGAAUUCAAGAUCAGUUUCAGGUCUCUGUC